GAAAGUAAAAGACCCAGGCAGUAAAGGAAAUCAUUAUAGGUGAGGGUGUGCCGUUACUAAGGCAAAACUCCAGCCCGUCAACUGAGCAAGAGGACUGUCAGGGUCAGCUGGUUGGCCUUCCACUGGUUGUGUCAACAAUGUCUGCACCCAAGCAGCUUGAUCCUUCUGUUUGCAAUGUGAAAGUAACUCCAGGAGCUGUGGUAUGUUUAGAAGCAGAUUAUUAUGGUGAAAUUACAAUUGGCUCUCGCACAGUUAUUCAUCCUAAGGCUCGAAUUAUAGCUGAAGCAGGACCAAUCAUCAUUGGGGAAGGUAACUUGAUUGAAGAACAAGCUCAGAUAAUCAACAGGUUACCCAAAGGGUCAGAACCCCAGGAUCCACCACCAGUGAUGGUCAUUGGGAACAACAAUGUCUUUGAGGUGGAUAGUUACUGCCAGGCUUCCAAAGUUGGAGACAACAAUAUAUUGGAAGCUAAAAGUCACAUUGGUCCUGGUGUUGAGCUCACUCGAGGAUGUGUAAUUGGAUCCCUGUGUUCUCUAGUUUGUCCUCAACUUGUUUCCGAAAACACUGUCAUUUAUGGAGACGAACUUCACCAGCGAACUCAAAUAGAAAAACCAGCAUCUCAAGGAUUGCAGCUGGACUUCUUGACCAAAAUCCUGCCAAACUAUCACCAUCUUGUUAAACCCAGGAAAAAAGUUGCUCCUUAGGGAAGUAAAUUGUUAUGCUACUAAGAAGUUUUGUUUAUCAUUUUUAGUUUUAAAUCUUAAGAGCAUUACUAUAAAAGAGAAAAAAAAAUGGAAUUGAACUGACUCUUAAAUAUGAUGUACACUUGUCCCUCAGUAUGGGGGGUCCCUGAGUAUGGGGGAUCAGGUGUAGGCCUACUUGUUGUCCUGAAUUUUUUUUGAUUUUCCAUGUGAGAUCUGAGAGUAAGGCUUGAAAAUAAAACUACACUUAAAUAAGUGGGACUUGCAGCAUUAGUAGGAUUACAACUAAAUUCACAAUGUUUAGUUGACUUGAUCAAUUUUAGUCUCUUAUCCCUAUGUAGCUCUAGCUUCUUUGCUACCUGAUGUGUACAAUUUCUGGUAGGCAAAGGUUUGAGUAUGCUAAGAGGAAGUGCCAGAACAGGAAAAGUUAGAGAUGCUCCUACUAUGGCAACUCCACUCUGUUGUGGGAAGCUUCUACAAGAUAACAGGGCAUCGAAAAUAGAAAGGUAAAUAGAUUAAUGGAUGAGAAAUGCAUUUAAGAGAAGUAAAGCAGCCUUGCAUCCAACAUAUGAUUGUUCAGGGCGAUUCCUGUCCAACGCAGCAUUUUUUUGGACUUUUUUUUUACUGUAGCAGCCCAUUCACAGACAUUUUCAAUACCUGGUCUGACAAUCACCAAUAUUCAACAUCAGUCUCAGACUUUUGCCACACUUUAUCCAGCACAUUUAAGCAGCACACCUAAGAGAUUAACUAAAGCAAGUUAUUUUAAGACUUGCAUUGCAUGUCAACGAAGGGCACACUGUUGGAAACAGUUUGCCACUUUUUUUUUUUUUUUCAGGUGCUUAACCCUUAAGCAUAUCAUACCAUGGGAGUUAUGUGCUAAUGAAUGCUUCUUUCUAUAAAAUUAAGGUAAUAAAAAUAUGAAAGGGACAAUAAAAAAGAUCAUAACUACAAGUAUCUGCUCAGCAGAUAAUUUAAAAAAAAAACAGCAAGCCACACGAAAAAGCUUAUUGAACCCACUGUGGACACUUUAUUGAAGACUUAGACAAACUUUAAGAGAAUGAAUUAUUAAUAUACAAAUAGCAAUGAAAUUUAAAGAAUUCAACAACUCUGAACAAGAAUAUGAAGCUUAUUGAAUUAGUGAAUGCAUUGUGGAGGUGACGACCAUCACCACCACCACAACAACACGCAGACACCUAGCGAGUGUUGCAGACACGGGCUUGGCUGAGCAUUUGUCCAGCAACCGCCAGACUUAUCUGACCACCAGAUUUCCAGAUUAUUUUACCUGGAUUUUAUUUUAGUUUCCAGGCUUAACCAGGCAUAUGUCUGACACUUGCCUAGGAAAUCAAGGAUCAAGUGUAUUUUUCAGAAAUUUUCUGACAAAUUAAUAUAUCAUAUAGGUUCUUUUGUUUGUCCAAUGCUGAUUUUAUUCAACACGAUAUGAUCUCUGACCAACUUCCCACAUUGAAUGUAAGGCCACUGUUCCUAGCUAAUCUUAAAUAAAACCUUAUUUUACACACCAGUAUAUGUUAUUGCUUUACUUAGUGAUAAAUAAAGUCUUGAACAAUC